GAAAAAACUUGAAUUUUCGAGAUGAGACACACAUUUCGUUCAUAUUUAUAUUCAGCAGCUAGUCGUUCCAACGGAAGUGAAUCCUCUUAAGACAUUCUUGCCUUCAUCACCUGCGCCAUACUCUUCAUACACACCUAACAGCUGCUUCUCUUAACCUACAAUAAACCACCAAGAAAGAGAAUCAUGACAAAAGUCGACAAUUCCGAAGAUGCCGCCCCUCAAGGAAUUAGUGGGUGACACCGAGCGCGACCAGAAGCAGCUGCAGCAAUUGAACUCCUUCAACCCCCCAAAACACCAGCCCGCCAAUGUCUGCAUACAUGAAAUGUUUCACAAACAGGCAGUUGCACAUCCUGAACGCGAGGCCGUAUCCGCUUGGAAUGGACAGUUUACUUUCGCCACUCUCGAUCGCCUGUCGUCCUGCCUCGCGUCACACCUACUGAAUCGAGGAGUCGCAAUCGAGGAGUUCGUCCCGGUGUGCUCCGAGAAGUCACACUGGUAUCCCGUGGCACUGCUGGGGGUCUUGAAAGCCGGGGCUGCCUUUGUGCCGUUGGAUCCAUCCCAUCCUACCCAGCGCUUAGAGGAGACCUACCGCGCCGUCGCAGCGAAGGUGAUCAUCGCCACCAAAGCCACGGCCGAGACGGUCAAGUUUGCCGACAGGAUUGUCGUGAUUGAUGAAGAUGAGGAUGGUGAUGUCACCGCUCUUGGGAGAGGGGCAACCACGCUGCACCCAGAGCCAGAGGUUCCCUGCACCAGUACUGCCUACGCAGUCUUCACGUCCGGGACUUCCGGAAAACCGAAGGGGGUGGUUAUAGAGCAUCGGUCUCUAUCGACUAGUGUGUUGGCUAACAGUGUCGCGCUAAACAUCCAUGAGAAGACCCGUGUCUUCCAGUUUGCGUCCCAUGCGUUCGACGCCUCCCUGUUGGACAUCUUCGCGCCAUUGGUCACGGGCGGUUGUGUGUGCAUACCCUCGGAGGCUGAGCGGAAGAACAAUCUGGCAGAGGCAUGUCGUCGGCUGAACUGUACUUGGUCCUUCUUGACUCCCUCACUGACAAGGGUGUUGGCGCCGGAGGAUUUAUGUACCCUGCAAACACUGGUGAUUGGAGGCGAGGCUCUGCGAGAAGGGGACAUUGAGAACUGGUUGCCUCGUAUGCAGUGCAUCAGCGGUUACGGUCCCACCGAAUGCACGAUCGGCUGCAUGGCUACGACGCUACAACCAGGCAUUCGGCCUGACCCGUCUGAUCUGGGGCGAGGGGUUGGAGUCAAUUGCUGGGUCGUUGACCCCGACAAUCAUGACAGAUUGAGCCCACCGGGGGAGGUUGGAGAACUGCUGCUAGAGGGACCCAUGGUCGCCCGCGGCUACUUCAAGGAUCCUGCACGAACAGCCGAAGUGUUCAUCAGUCCCCCGGCGUGGCACAAAAUGUUGAGACCCCGAGGUGAUCGGAUGUACAAGACAGGGGACCUGGUGGUUUUCGACGCCGCGAAAAGCGCGAUCCGUUACGUUGCCAGAAAGGAUACGCAGAUCAAGCUCCACGGCCAGCGUCUGGACACUGGAGAGGUUGAGCAUCAUAUUCGGUCAAUGCUCCCAAGAGCCGUGGAUGCUGUGGUAGAUAUGAUUCAUCUUGCUGAUGAGACUUCAGCCUCAAUCCUCGUUGCAUUUCUUGUUCUAAAAUCAAAUAGUACAACAGCGCACGUCACCAAAGUAGGAUGGCUUGAGGAACCGACGGAUGACCUGAGCACCAACGUGGAGAUGCUUAAAGCAAAAUUGUCCGACCUUGUUCCUGAGUACAUGAUUCCUAGUACAUUUUUACCUUUGGUGUCAAUGCCUCUCACGAACAACGGAAAGAGUGACCGGAAAAUGCUUCGCAAUCUGGCGGCGACUUUGACCCGACAUGAUCUCCGCAGGUAUAACGGGAACUAUGCCGUCGAGAGCAGCAGGCCUUCUAGACCAGUUGAGCGCAAGCUUCAGAUGCUGUGGUCGAAAGUACUCGAGAUUCCAGUGGACGAGAUUGGUCUACAAGAUGGCUUCUUUGCUCUUGGUGGCACUUCUGUCGCGGCCAUGAAGCUGGCCGGUCUAGCGAGGAAAGAAGGCCUCGAAUUAGACAUAGCCGACUUAUAUGGUCACCCUGCCCUCGAAGACAUGGUGACCCGAGUCCGCACUGUCUCGAGAGGUAGCGCAAUCCGGCCGUUCUCUCUGGUUUCUGCCAGUGAAGACUGCAAGCAGAUCGUUACAGAGACCAUGAAGCAGUGCGGGCUCAGCCACGAAACAGAAAUUGAGGACGUGUAUCCUUGUACACCGUUGCAGGAAGGACUUAUAUCUCUCGCCGCUAAAAGACCGGGCUCCUAUAUUGGCGUGUUUCGGUAUGAAAUGCCUGCGAAGGUGAAUACUCACCGGUUCCAGUCUGCAUGGGAUGCGUUGGUCGACGCUCACCCGAUCUUGAGGACCCGAUUUAUCCAAACCAGCAGUGGCAAGAUCUACCAGGCAGUAAUUCGGAGGUCAGUCGCGUUAGAUGUGAGCUCGCUGAACGGAGAGGGAUUCAGGGCAGCAAAAAGUUCGCUUUCCUGCGAGCUCGGACAGUCCUGGAUUCGUGCACAUCUUCACAAUACAGCAUCUACUUUACAGCUGCCGGCCUUCACACUGACUGUGCAUCACGCUUUGUCCGAUGGCUGGGGCCUUCCCGUACUCCUUCGGGACCUCGAAGCCGCCUACAACGGACAGACACUGGAAGAGAGGCCAUUCAGUCCUUUGAUCGAGUACAUCGGGCGCACGACUACCGAGCGAGAGGCGUAUUGGCAAGGCCGCUUCACUGAUGUGCAGAGUGCCAGCUUCCCUUCGCUACCCUCCCCAGCGUAUAUCCCAAAGGCUACGGAAAUGCAUCCAAUCUGUAUUCCCGUGAACCAUCGGGUUGCAAGUGAGUACACACUUGCUGACAAACUCAAGCUAGCAUGGGGAAUCAUCCUUUCCCUUUAUACGGAGACCGCCGAUGUCGUCUUCGGCCUCACUGUUAGCGGACGUGGCGCUCCUGUGCUGGGCGUCGAGGAUAUGACUGGCCCGGCAAUCGCGACCAUCCCCUUGAGACUGAAUCUCGAUCCAGAGAUGACCGUGAAAAACAGACUUCAGCGGCUGCGGGAGUUCUGUGUUGCCGCGAUGCCAUUCGAACACAUAGGGCUUCAAAACCUUCGCCGCCUUGGUCAGGGAUCUAGCAAAGCUUGUGAUUUCCAGAGCCAUGUUGUCAUCCAACCCGAGGAGACUGGCAGUGAUUGGAUGUUCGCAAAGAAGCAGGACUAUUCGGAAACUGGAGCAUUCAGUUCCUACGCAAUUACCUUGAUCUGUCAGCAGAGACCGGGCUCAAUAGAGAUCGAGGCGACAUUCGAUCCGCAUGUUGUCCCCAGCGUGCAAAUGGACCGAUUGUUGACGCAGCUCCGACAUAUCAUGCAAGUUCUGAUUUCUGAAUCUGAAGAAGCUCGUCUGUGUGAGCUGGACACUAUCUGUCCUGAAGAUCGGUCACACUUGAAACAAUGGAAUACCGCGCUCCCCGAGACAGUGGAAAUCUGUGCCCACGAGUGGAUCCGAAAGCAAAGUCUCGAGCAGGCCAACGCUCCAGCUGUGUGCGCUUGGGAUGGCAGUUUCACUUACGGGGAGAUGGAGCAGACCUCAUCUGAGAUGGCUGCCUAUCUCCGAGGACAAGGCGUAGGUCCUAAUGUGUUUAUUCCUCUCUUUUUCGAAAAGUCAUGCUGGACCAGCAUCGCAAUGCUUGCAGUGAUGAAGGCCGGAGGCGCAUUUAUUCUGCUAGACGACUCUCAUCCAGUACAACGACUGCGCGGAAUAUGCGAUGAUGCAGAGGCGCCUUUCAUUGUCACGUCGGAGAAGAAUGCACCUCGUGCGGGUCAAAUUGCAAAAUUUUCCAUCAUACUGGGUGAUUCGCACCGAUCGUGGCCACAGAAUCAGACUGAACCCGCAACUCCCAUGCCACGGGUCAAACCCAGAGAUGCCCUCUAUGCAGUCUUCACCUCGGGCUCGACGGGAAAGCCUAAAGGCGCCGUUAUGUCGCAUCAGUCGUGGUGCACAAGCGCCAAAGCCAACAGCGUUGCAUUGUCAUUGCGUCCUACUUCCCGCGUCUUUCAGUUCGCCGCCUACGCUUUUGAUAUCAGCAUCGCAGAUCAUUUGCUGACUUUCGUGGCUGGCGGUUGUGUUUGUAUUCCUUCUGCCAAAGAUCGAGAAGGAGACCUUGCGCAGAUUAUCGGUAGACUCGAGGCCAAUUGGGCAUGCCUAACGCCGUCUGUGGCGCGCAUUAUCGAGCCUCGAAACGUUCCAUCCCUGAAGACGCUGGUACUAGCAGGAGAGCCUAUUGCGCCGGAGGAUAUCUCGACGUGGUCACCAGCACUUCACCUGUUAAACUUAUAUGGCCCCGCGGAGUGUGCCAUUCUUACCACUCUGAAUCAAAAUGUCAACAACCCAAGUGAUCCGAACAACGUCGGGCCUCCGACCAGCGCAGUGUGCUGGGUCGUGGACACAAGAAGCGUCGACAAACUAGUACCUAUUGGGACAGUGGGAGAGCUCGUGGUCGAAAGCCCUAUUGUAGGCUACGGGUACCUCAACAACCCGACCAAGACGGCUGCCUCCUUUAUCGCCCCAGAGGCGCACCCACCGUGGCUGCGGCGAUUCCGACGCACAGAAACCGCCCGUUCGCGCCUCUACCGCACGGGCGAUCUGGUCCAGUACGCAGAAGACGGAACCCUGAGGUUCAUCGGCCGCAAAGACACACAGAUCAAGUUGCGCGGACAACGCAUCGAGCUGGGCGAGGUCGAAUACCACUUGCGCCGCAGUUUCCUUGACGCCGCCGAGGUCGUGGCCGAGGUUGUCGUCCCGAACGAUGAUAGAUCACAUAGCCGAAGGCAGCCGACCCUGACGGCCUUCAUCCGUCCGCGGGAGCAGACUAGCCAGAAAUCAAGGCCCUCGCUUCUUCAAGCGCAAAUCGCCACAGCACUAACAACCCUGCGCGCCUCCCUGCCCCCAUACAUGAUCCCGACGGUAUUCCUCUGCGUAGAUUCAUUCCCCCUGAGCAAGUCCCGCAAGCUGGACCGCGGCCAGCUUCGCAGCAUGGCCGCUGCACUGCCCCGAGAGGCAUACCUCGAUGCGCCCACCCUGCAGAAGCGGGAGCCGUCCGGCCCAGCAGAGGAGAUGUUGCAUCAGCUCUUUGCGGACACUCUGAAGAUCGACUCCGCGGAAUUCGGGAUCGACCAUGACUUCUUUAAUCUGGGCGGCGACUCCAUCCUGGCUAUGGGUCUGGUGGCGCGGGCGCGGGCGCGCAGCUUGGAUUUCACCGUGUCGACGUCGGAGUCGCUGGAGAUGGCGACACCUGCGCCAGAGGAGGAGCUGCUGCUGCUGCUGCUGCUGGAAGAAAGCGAGUAG